AAAGGUGAAGACCUCGUGCAGACAUGAAAGAAGAAAUCGCUGCAGCCGUGUUCUUCCUGGCCCGGCUGGUCAAGAGGUACGGCUGUUUGGACUCAGACAGGCGCGAGGGUUUCGCUGCAGCCCUCACCUCGGUUCUGUUCGAGAACUACAAGAACCACUGGCACCCGAACGCACCGUGGAAGGGUCAGGCCUACAGGUGUCUCCGUGUGAACUGGAUCCAGCAGCAGGACCCGUUGCUGCAGCAGGCCUGCGAGCGGAGCGGGGUCCAGUACGAGGAUCUGGGCCUACCUCGGGAGUUCACGGUGUGGGUGGAUCCUGGAGAGGUGUCCUGCAGGUACGGUGAGCAGAGCACGCCGUUCUGCGUCUCUGUUUUGGACAGCUGCCGCCGAGACGGAGAGUUUUCCCGCCGCAUCCAUGACGCCGUGGAGCGGGCGAGCCUCGACAUCCAAUCAGGAAGCUCUUCGGACGAGGACGACGAGCCUGUAGAGGGGAGCACCAACCGCAGUUUUCCCGCCGCCUCCCCCGCUCCGAUCCCCCCCACCAACCUGGAGCCCAAAACCAUCCCGACUGUCAGCAACCCCAACAGCGUUUAUCGAUUCACAGAGUUCUCUUCGGGCGCCCCUCAGACCUGGCUGAGAGACAAGAGGAAGGUCUUUCCUGGGGAUCCUUUCCAGUCUUCUGGUGGUCCACCAUCCCAGAUCUCCAACCAGAAGGGAGUUAAAUCCUACCGGGCCACGUUCACCUUCUCAGGGCCUCGUGUGGACAAGUACCACUGGGUCAGCAAAACCCGAACCUGA